AUGAGUGCACCAGCCCAGAAGUUCAAGGUCGCCGACAUCAGCUUGGCCGCCUUUGGCCGUCGAGAGAUUGAGCUCGCCGAGAAUGAGAUGCCAGGUCUCAUGGCGACGAGGGAGAAGUACGCUGCAGAGCAGCCGCUGAAGGGCGCCCGUAUCGCUGGUUGCUUGCACAUGACUAUCCAGACCGCCGUGCUCAUCGAGACAUUGAAGGCGCUGGGCGCCGAGCUCACCUGGACAAGCUGCAACAUCUUCUCCACCCAGGACCACGCCGCUGCCGCCAUCGCAGCGGGCGGCACCCCGGUUUUCGCUUGGAAGGGCGAAACCGAGGAAGAGUACAACUGGUGUCUCGAGCAGCAGCUCACCGCGUUCAAGGACGGCAAGAAGCUCAACCUGAUCCUCGACGACGGCGGCGACUUGACCUCGCUCGUGCACACCAAGUACCCGGAGAUGCUCAAGGACUGCUACGGUGUCUCGGAGGAGACGACGACUGGCGUCCACCACCUGUAUAAGAUGCUCAAGAACAAGGGCAAGGAGCACGGCCUUCUAUGCCCUGCCAUCAACGUCAACGACUCCGUCACCAAGUCCAAGUUCGAUAAUCUCUACGGCUGCCGCGAGUCGCUCGUCGACGGCAUCAAGCGUGCGACUGACGUUAUGAUUGCUGGCAAGGUCGCAGUCGUUGCCGGCUUCGGCGACGUCGGCAAGGGUUGCGCCCAGGCCCUCCACUCCAUGGGCGCCCGCGUCAUCGUCACCGAGAUCGACCCCAUCAACGCCCUCCAGGCCGCUGUCUCAGGCUACCAGGUGACCACGAUGGAGGAGGCGGCGCCCAUCGGCCAGAUCUUCGUCACCACGACCGGCUGCCGCGACAUCCUCGUCGGCGAGCACUUCGAGGUGAUGAAGAACGACGCGAUUGUGUGCAACAUCGGCCACUUCGACAUCGAGAUCGACGUCGCGUGGCUCAAGGCCAACGCGCAGAGCGUCCAGAGCAUCAAGCCGCAGGUCGACCGCUUCCUGAUGAAGAACGGCCGCCACAUCAUCCUGCUCGCCGAGGGCCGUCUCGUCAACCUCGGGUGCGCGACCGGCCACUCCUCGUUCGUCAUGAGCUGCUCCUUCACCAACCAGGUCCUUGCCCAGAUCAUGCUGUACAAGGCCGAGGAUGAGGAGUUCGGCAACAAGUACAUCGAGUUCGGCAAGACGGGCAAGCUGGACGUCGGCGUCUAUGUCCUGCCCAAGAUUCUCGAUGAGCAGGUCGCCCUGCUGCAUCUCGACCACGUCAACGCCAAGCUCUCGAAGAUGACGGAGAAGCAGGCAGAGUACAUGGGCCUGCCUAUCGAAGGUCCUUACAAGAGCGACAUGUACCGUUACUAG